CCUUCCCUUCCCUUCGUUCUCCCUUCCGCCGCGCCCCCCUUCCUCUCCUCUUUCCUCCCUUCCCCUCCCCUCUCCCUCUCUCUCUCUCUCUCUCUCCCCUUCCGUUUUUUUUCCCUCCCUCCCCCGUCUCUUCCGCGUGGUGGCGGGUAGUAUUUGGUGGAGGGGCUCGACUUCUACGCGGCCCCUCAGGUGGCCGUGGCGACCGACGGCGCGGCCUGCCCGCUCCCCUUCAAGCCACCAGGAUCCCUUCAGUUCGAUGGAGGCCUUCGACGACGACGAGCUCGCCGCCACCUCCGCCGACGUUUCGCUCGCGCAAAGGGGCUUCGUGGUCCAGAAGUCCAAAGGGCCCGUGACGCCGGAGCACGGCGUGCUCCGGGCCGACGGCAUCGAGGACGAUGAGGAGGCGCUGGGCCUGCUCGACGCCUUCGACCUGCAAGCCUGA